AUGGCGGAGGGGCCAGAAUUAAAUUUCUUUGAUUUGCGAACGGUACAUGAUCAUUUUGAUCAAGCUCUCGUGGAAAAUGACGAUAUUGAUCUAAAAGCAUAUCUGGAGGCCUACAACGAACUAUACAAAUUUUUUCAGCUGAUGGGCAGUGUCUUCAGCUUUGUCUCUUCUGAUCUGAAACAAAAGAUAGAUAUCUUGACUGAAUUAAAAAAUAAAGAUGCUCAGAAUUAUAUGACUGUUAAAUCUAUGAUUGAACAUGAAAGAGAAAACAAACUUUUAGAGAAAGCCGAUUUUGUCAAUGGCGCACGUACUUUAUUGAGACUUCAUAGAGGCUUAGAUUUUAUUAGGGAAUUUUUACAACAACUGGGUGAUCUCGCAGAUAUUGAGAAAACGACUUCUUGUUGUCAAGAUGCAUACAAUAAAACUUUGGCCAAGCAUCAUCCAUGGAUGAUCAGGAAAGCUGCAAUAGUUGCAAUGUACACUAUGCCUAGUAGGGAGAUUUUAUUCAAAAAGGUUUGCGGUGAAAAUGUUCAGCGGAAUAUAGAUGUUUUACCUAAAAUGUUGGAGGUGACUGCCGACGUGUUUAACCGCACUGAUAGCAUUUAUGAGACUUAUCAGUUGCAUGCUCUACCAUAAAUGAUUAUAGAAAAUGAAAACGAUAGUUCAUCUACUUUCGGCUUUUCGAAGUAUUACAUGCGAUCAUUCCACAUUUUCGAGACAUUGUGAUAUUACUGCAUUGCGACAUUUAUAUCGUUGCGAUAUUAUAGGUUUAAUAUUCUUAAUUAAUAUACAAUAAAUAAACAGGAGCUUAUUUUUGGGGGGAAUUUGUAUUUCUUGGUAAUUAAUUGAUGUAGGUAAAUAAUUAUACAUACAAAAUAACGUACAAAUAAUGGCACAAGUGUACAAUAAGUAUAUCACAUUAUGUAAUGUGACUUUGUCAUUUUAACUUAUAAUUAGUAUAUAUUAUUAGUAUAUAUUAUUGUGCGCGGAAUUUUAUUAAUUUUAUUAGAAAACAUUUUGAGAAUUUUAAGCACGACCAUAUGUAUGAAUACAUCAAAUACGAAAGAAAGCCAUGAUUGGUCAAAGUUGGAUGUUUCAAAUAAUACAUUAUAUAUUAAAUUAAUUUAUUUCAGAUAUAAUUGCGAGCCAAUAACAUUCGAUUUCAAUACAUCGGAAAGUUGAGAGGUCCCAGGUUGGAAUCCUAGCUGAGGUAAUAUUUUUCGCAAUAAGUUUCUUAUUUUCUUUCUUCCUUUCUUUCUAAUCUAAUUUAUUAAGAGGGGAAUAUAUUAAGAGGGAAUUAUAAAAUAACAAAAUGAAUGUUAUCGGCUCGCAAUCAUAUCUGGAACAAAUUAAUUUAACAUAAGAAUAUAUAACAUAUUAUUUGAAACAUCCAACUUUGACCGAUCAUGGCUUUCUUUAUCGUAUUUAAUUUUAUUAGGUUUAAACGUCGUUUCCAGUCAGGAUUGGUGAUUUCGAAUAGUACGCUACUUAUAAGUUGUAUUUUAAUGUUUA